AUGGCUCCAAUCAAGAAAAAGGCUCUUAUCAACUGUGACAUGGGAGAAGCGUACGGGAAUUGGGCUUGUGGCCCGGAUCUUGAGCUCCUUCCAUUGAUCGACAUCGCCAAUAUCGCAUGUGGCUUCCACGCUGGCGAUCCUCUGAUCAUGCAGGAAACAGUACGGAAUUGCAAAGCUCACAAUAUUCUGGUGGGAGCCCAUCCCGGUUUACCAGACAUCCAAGGGUUCGGACGGCGCGAGAUGAAGCUAUCCCCGGAAGAACUCACAGCAAUCACUAUCUACCAAGUGGGUGCCCUUCAAGGGUUCUUGGACCGCGAGGGGGUGCGCUUGAACCACGUCAAGCCUCAUGGCGUGCUUUAUGGAAUGAUGUGCAGGGAUUAUGAAGUGGCAAAGGCCGUCAUGUUGGGGAUCCCCAAGGGAGUCCCAGUGUUCGGAUUACCUGGGACGAACAUGGAGAAGGCUGCCAACGACUUGGGAAUCGAGUUCCGUGCUGAGUUUUAUGGUGAUGUCAAAUAUGAUUCUAAAGGGAUGCUUGUGAUUGACCGGAAGAAGAAGCCAUGGGACCCUGCCGAUGUUGCAAAACAUGUUCGGCAACAGCUUGAGGACCAGUCCGUGACGAGCAUUGACGGGGUUGUCGUGCCGCUGCCAAUAAAGGAUUAUGAGGUCUCUGUCUGUUGUCAUUCUGAUUCCCCUGGCUGUGUUGAGAUCAUCAAGACAACGAAGAAAGUGGCAGAUGAAUUCAAUAAGAAAUAUGGUUAUUAG